AUGGCGUCGGAGCCUGCCUUGGGCAGCAGCGAGGCCUCGGGCAGCGCUGAAGCAGGCGCAUCCUCGUCGCAGCAGCAGGCAGCUUCGCCACCCGCUCGUCCGCCCUCGCCGCCGUUCCUGCCGCUGGCCACCUUCCGGCUGCUGGCGCUCUCCUCGCCCGUGCUCGAGAGCUUCUUCUCCGAAGACCUGCCUGCGUCUUUCCAUCUCGUCGCACCCCGGCCUGCGCCCUCAGCCACAUCUGCCGCUGCCACAGCUAGCGGCAGCAGCAGCGCAGCAGCUACGCCCGCCCCUUCGCCUCGCAAAGCUGGUGGGCUGUCUGCGCUGCUCGGCGCCAUGCUUCUACGCGACGACGACGAAGGAGCUGCUGCUGCUCGCGCCGCGGAGCUGCCUCCAUCGGCGCUCACACGACCGCGCCCUUCAUUCGGCACACGCACGCUCGACGGCGCACUCAAGGACACCGACCUGCUGCGCGACGAAGAGGCGGCGCGACGAGCUCGCUGGGCUUCUGCCAGUCCUGCCUCUUCCAAGCCGGCGACGCCCGCCCCCUCCACGCCCAGUGCAGCUGUCUCUGGCGCAUCAACGCCCACACAGACGUCGGGCCCUGCGCCCACGCGCCCGACGCACAACAAGCGUCUCUCGCAGCAGCUGCGCGGCACCGACGUGCUCGGCACAGGCCGAGGCUCGGCGGCAGAAGCAUUGCGCGCUGCAACGGCAGCACUGCAGGCGCCGCGUGCCGCGGGCUGGGGCGCAGAGGAUGCGCCGAGAGAGGCGAGCGAUGAGGAGGAGGAGUUCGCCGAUGCGGUGGCCGAUGUAGAGCCCAGCUUGGAAGGGACGCUGCCGAAGAGCACUGGCACCGCGCCAUGA